AUGUCUAGCAGGAGAUCUCAGGGAUGCUGCUGCUUGUCCCAUUUCAACAAGGACAAUGGCAGAUUCCUCCUCUUAGCGGUCCUGAUCGCAGUUUACCUGGCAGCUGGAGCCACAGUGUUCUCAGCCCUCGAGAGGCCGUCCGAAGUCGAGGCUCAGCAUCGCUGGAGCAGGACCCUCCAAAACUUCAGCCAAAUAUUCAACAUCAGUGUGCCUGAGCUAAGGGACUUCCUGCGGAGUUAUGAAGCAGCCAUGGCCGCGGGCAUCCGGGCAGAUGCAUUAAGACCACGAUGGGACUUCACUGGGGCUUUCUAUUUUGUGGGGACAGUAGUGUCAACUAUAGGUUUUGGAAUGACCACACCCGCAACAGUAGCUGGAAAAGUGUUCCUCAUAAUUUAUGGCCUGUUCGGGUGUGCUGGGACUAUCCUUUUCUUCAAUCUGUUCCUAGAGCGUAUUAUCUCUCUCCUGGCUUUUAUUAUGAAGGCUUGUCGUGAGCGGCAGCUGCGAAGAAGUGGUCUUCUACCCCCUAACUUUCGAAGGGGAUCAGCUAUCUCUGAAGUGGACAGCCUUGCUGGAUGGAAACCAUCCGUUUAUCAUGUGAUGCUGAUUCUGGGAAUUUUUGCCUUUACACUGGCUUGCUGUGCCUCAGCAAUGUACACAGCAGUGGAAGGAUGGAACUACAUUGACUCCUUAUACUAUUGUUUUGUCACCUUCAGCACCAUUGGCUUUGGAGAUUUGGUAAGCAGUCAAAAUGCAGUGUACCAAAAUCAGGGAUUAUACAGAUUUGGAAACUUCAUGUUUAUAUUAAUGGGUGUAUCUUGCAUAUACUCCCUUUUUAAUGUCAUAUCAAUUGUAAUCAAGCAAGUUUUAAACUGGCUGUUGAAAAAGUUUGGAUGCAGGUGUUGCUCAAAGUGCCAUAAAUCAAGUGCCCGCCUUGGUCGUCGCAAUGCCAUCACCCCAGGAAGCCGCUUCCGUAGGCAUAACAUCUCUGUGGAAACUGAUGGACAGUAUGACAGUGACACAGAGGGGAGGAGGCUUUCUGGUGAAAUGAUUUCAAUGAAGGAGCUCACAGCAUCAAACAAAGUCUCCCUGGCCAUUUUGCAAAAGCAGCUUUCUGAGAUGGCCAAUGGGUACCCUAGAAACGUCAGUAUGAACAGCAGACAAAAUGGCUUCUCUGCAGGCAUUGGUGCACUAGCUAUCAUGAACAAUAGGUUGGUAGAAACAAGUGAUUCUAGGUAGAA